AGUCUCCGGCACACACCGCUUUCUGACAGCUGCCACUGACUCACCACCGCGGGGGAAAGAUGGAGCACAGAGACAACGGCUUCAACAUCCUGCUGGCCACCGACUCCUACAAGGUAACGCAUUACAAACAGUACCCUCCCAACACGAGUAAGGUGUACUCCUACUUCGAAUGCCGUGAGACGAGGCCCGAUCCCGCCAAGAACAGAAAAGUCAAAUAUGACAAAACGGUCUUCUACGGCCUGCAGUACAUCCUCUUUAAAUACCUGAAAGGAAAGGUUGUGACUCCAGAGAAGAUCCAGGAGGCGAAGGAGGUUUACAGAGAACACUUUCAGGAUGAUGUUUUCAACGAGAAAGGCUGGACUUACAUUUUGGAGAAAUAUAAUGGACACCUGCCCAUCGAAAUCAAGGCGGUGCCAGAGGGCAGUGUCAUUCCCCGAGGCAACGUCUUGUUCACCGUGGAGAGCACAGAUCCUGAGUGCUACUGGCUCACUAACUGGGUGGAGACAAUCCUGGUUCAGAUCUGGUAUCCCAUCACUGUGGCAACCAACUCCAGAGAGCAGAAAAAGAUCCUGGCCAAGUACCUCUUAGAGACUUCUGGGAACUUGGAGAAACUCGAGUAUAAACUUCAUGACUUUGGUUACAGGGGCGUCUCAUCCCAAGAGACUGCAGGCAUAGGUGCCUCCGCCCAUCUGGUCAACUUCAAGGGCACAGACACGGUCGCGGGCAUCGGAGUCAUUAAGAAGUUCUACGGCACCAAGGACCCCGUGCCAGGCUUCUCAGUGCCUGCUGCAGAACACAGCACCAUCACAGCGUGGGGAAAGGACCAUGAGAAAGAUGCCUUUGAGCACAUCAUCACGCAGUUUCCCAACGUGCCCGUGUCCAUAGUCAGCGACAGCUACGACAUCUACAAUGCCUGCGAGAAGAUCUGGGGAGAAGACCUGCGGAGUCUGAUAGUGAAGCGCAGCGCCGAUGCUCCUUUGGUCGUUCGACCCGACUCAGGAAACCCACUGGAUACAGUUCUGAAGGUUUUGGAGAUCCUGGGUAAAAAGUUCCCCCCGACGGAGAACUCCAAAGGUUUUAAGGUUCUCCCUCCUUACAUCAGAGUCAUCCAAGGAGACGGAGUUGACAUCAACACACUGCAAGAGAUCGUUGAGGGUAUGAAGCAGCACAGGUGGUCCAUCGAGAACAUUUCCUUCGGCUCCGGAGGGGCUCUGCUGCAGAAACUGACCAGAGAUCUGCUCAACUGCUCCUUCAAAUGCAGCUACGUGGUCACCAAUGGACUCGGGGUGAACGUGUUCAAGGAUCCAGUGGCAGACCCCAACAAGAGGUCAAAGAAAGGUCGUCUGUCUCUGCACCGGACGCAGAGCGGAGACUUUGUCACCCUGGAGGAGGGCAAGGGCGACCUGGAGGAGUUUGGCGUGGACCUGCUGCACACAGUCUUCCAGAACGGGAAAAUUGUGAAGACGUACACAUUCGAUGACGUCAGAGACAAUGCUAAGCUCAAGGAGAAGGAGCUUGAAGAGCUGCUGUAAUGAACAGCACCUCUAAGCCCCCCCCCAAAGCCUCAACACCAACCCCACCCUAAACCCAAUACAACCCCCGCUCCAUCCAACCCUUUCACCUUUUGGCCUCCAUCGUCCCCCACGAUAAAUGGAGGUAGUGUGCACUGCAAUUAGCCCCCCCCCCCACUCCCAAAGCCCCGAGAACCCCCUGAAAAGAUCCUAAUAACUCCCUGAAAAAUUCGAGGAACUUAUCCCCUUUGUUCUGAAUAUGCUGUUGAUUGGUUCCCCGGUGUAGGGGGAGGGGUUUGUCAAAUUCUUGAUUAGCGGCGAACCACCGUAUAUGUGUGAGAUGGUAAAACCGGGAAAGAGGAAAUGUGUGUGAGGCACAGUAAGCGAUCUGAUUUCGAUGACAAGCCGCGAGUUCACGUCUCCAUGCGGCUGCUGCCGUACAGAUCGUGAGGAGGCCGCUGAUAACGUGUCGGCAGACUUUUCCCUGUGUCGACACGAAAGCCAAUAAAAUAAGAUUGUAGUUUUUCUUUGUGGAAUGAGCAGCUGCAUGAGCAGUGAACACACGGCGAGCCAAGUUUUUGAAUGUUCGUGACUGAGAAAUAAAUCCACACCCACAUCAAUGACCUCGUCCCGUGUAUAGAAUUAUUUAGAAAAUAAAUCCAUGUCUGAUUCUACUUAGCUUUGUCUUUAAUGUGAAGGAUGCAGAGGAUGAUCAUGAAAUAUAACGGUGCACCUUUAACACCAACCGACAACAUCUCACCGAACACCUAAGCCUGGGCCACACUGAGUGCGUGUGUGGCGCUGAUCUGCUGCGCCCCGCGCACGUCUGCUGAGAAUCUCUGAUGUGACUACUUUAUUUCCUCGAAUAAAAGUUCCCUAUAUAUACUCAACUAAAUGCCAGGACUCUAGUGUACGGAGCCUUGAAUCCUCCUGGUCCUGCAACAAUACCAAUAAAAACCUUAAAACAAAUGAAUAGCUUCAAACAACAGAAAAGUCUUUGAAAUGGGCACAGGAAGUGCUACAGAUAUUUAAGUUUGUGACGUAUUCAACGAAAGAUCAUUUUUAUUGUCUAUUUAGCUAUGGACCAUCUUGGACACCGAGAUGGAGAGCGAGACAUUCUGUGUCCCCCCCCCAGACAUCCAGUGUGGCCCGCAUGUUAGACUGUACGGAUGAUGAAGGAAUCCACCUUCCCGCUUUUUGAUCAACAGUUACAGCCAAAUUUCCACAAGGCCAAGAUGAUAUAUAACAUAUUUUUUUCCCUGUAGUUUGCCUCCUAAAAUGUUCCUGGUGCAUGUCCACAGUUAUAUUAAUGAUCAUCUGCUGCCCCUCAGUUCAUUCACAUCACGAAGGCUCAAAUCCAGUCCUUAGUAAAGCAACCUCGAAGUGAAGCUCUUAAAUUUAAGAUGCAAAUGUGUAACCAAUGGAUAAAAUGGCUCCAAAAUUAUAAGAGACAAAUUCUAAAAAAGUCUGGCCGACGCCCCAAAUCUCUACAAAUACAAAGAUUGAAUUUUCAAUAACUAAGAAGAGUGGAACCUUAGGAUUGGGGGUCUUCAUGAUGCUGAAUGCUUUUGAAGUCUUUACUGUAUAAGACUUAAGAGCCGAUGUGUGAGGAAAAAGAAACUUGCAUAGCAGAAAUCGUCUUCAAUGCAAUGAAGAGGAUUUAUCUAUGUCUAUUGAAGAUUACAUAUGUGGCGCCUCCUGGGGUGAAAUGUGUGUUAAAUGUUGGCUCUGAUAUGUGUGUGUGAUUGGAUCUGUUUGCGUGUGUGUGUACUUUCUUCCUUUAAAGGAUAGUGUCGUAUUCCUUUAUGCAAAUGUACUCAUCGAACAGGCGAGCAGAGGACACUCUUCCUUUCACUUUGCCCGUCUUUUAUUUUGAAAGGAAGCACAGCGUUGUGACAAAGGAGUACUGGGUGUGUGUGUUUGUUUUUUCUUCGGGUUUAUAUAAACCAAACCAGAGGCAGAAAAGUGAGACUCACAACGACAUGAACCAGCAGUGCGUUAGCAGUGCUGAGAGCAGAGUUGCUGAUAAUCACAAUUAACUUUAGAGAAACUAACACAGAUUAGAGGGGACACGUGGAUGUGCACAGCGUUUUAACUCCUGUUUGUUCACGAAGGCCUUUAUUUUGGAGUUUAUCUCGGAGCAUUUCAUCUUCCUGUUCAGUCCACCUCCGUGGAGCGUCACUCCGGUUUGCAGGUGUGUUCAGUCACGUCGCUGAGUCAUGAGUGAGGAGCUGGUGACAUCACAAGAAACUUAUGUUUUUGUUUUAAGGCAAAUCUCGAGCCGUGGUUUGAGGAAAUAAAAAGGCGGCAAAUAACGCAUCACUUGUGGUUUGAGGGACGUCAGGGUCGACUUGGGUCCCGGCUGAAAUAUCUCACCAACUACUGGAAGAAGUGGCAAGAAGGUUUAUUCCUUCAUGUUACCCAGAGGAUGAAUCCUGUCGACACUUAUCAUCCUCAGGUUUUGAGCAAAACAUUGCCACUGGAGUUUGGUGAAUUGUUUUGAAAUUUGGCCCUGGCGUUCAUUUAAGAUUUAAUUUAGCGCCAACGAAAGUUUAUUACCAUUACCUGCAAAACAGAACAACAUUCCCAUUUGCCCCACUACGCUUUUAUUUAGUGUUAACCAUAGUCUGUAUAUAAAGAUGGACGACGCGUCCCCACUUCUUCCCACUAUCCAGAAAUUUAGCCCAAAUAUUAGACUACUCUUACCGUCGAUAAUGAUGUUUCUCCCUAACGUAGCACACGCGAGUUUCCUAGAUUCUUUUUCCCUACUGGACACUGACACUGUUCGGGCUCUAUAAUCUUUAGCUCGGACCCGGAAGAGACCUGUGAUGUCACCGACUCCCACCUCUCGCUGCCGCCUCAGACCAACAUGCUCAAAUUCAGACAAGCUGGUAAACGCCACCGUUCCAGUUAUUUUAUUUGUUUUAUAUUUUAACUUUCCACAGCUGUUAUCUGUCGAACCCUUUUGUUAUCCAGUUGUCCAUUUCUUUUUCCAACAACGGGUUGCGUUUCGGUAAAACCUAGGUUUUACUAUUUUGAUACUGUCUCGGUUCUUACCUCAAGAAAAUUUUUAUUUUGUACGACAAAGGGAGAAAAACACAUGCUCGACCAAUGGCAGACAACAUCCUACUUAACAAACAAUGUGGCCAUACUGCCCUCUCGCGUGUACAUACAACAACUAGAUGGACAGAAAGCAGAGAGGAGAGGUUAGCGAGACGACCAGAUAAUAUUAUUAUUGUUAUUAUAUUAUUUUUGUCUGAAUGGUCAUUUUUGUACCAACGGAAAAUGUUCAAAACUGCUCGACUGAACUGGCAGUGUGACUGUUGAUUUUGUCACUGUAAAGCUAAUGGCUUCUGCGAGUGUGUGUGUGUCGUCCUGUGUGAAUGCCUCAUGUGUAACAGAUGAAAAAGUGUUUGUGAAAACUUUUCUUUAAGUUGUUGUUGUUUCACUCGUAUGUAUAUGUUGGUUGUCCCAAAUUCUCUCCCAACACAACUGAUAUUUUAACUAACAUAAGUUGCUUUAUUGUCAACGAAACACUGAUUAAAGACGCCACUCUCUCAGUUUGAAA